AUGUCCACAUUUACACUUAGUACAACACAACGAAAUAAACCUUUGUUACUAUGUAAAGGCUUCGUUUACACUAUCGAUAAAACAAAUAAUGAUAAAACGUUUUGGAAAUGUGAAUAUAGUAGAACUGGUAAAUGUAAAGGUCGCAUUCACAUCAAUUGUAUUAAGACAGCAAUUUUAUAUGAAACUGAUAAUCACAAGCAUCCUGGAAAUGCUGUUUCCAGUGAAAUUCGAGUAUCUGAAGGGAAAAUUCGUGUUCGUGCUGCUAAUUGUAAUGAAACCACACAAUCUGUUAUUGAUAAUUGCUUGACGAAUUUACCGGAUGAAGUUGUAGCUCGUCCUCCGGAAUUCAAACAUAUCAAACGAAACAUUCAAUAUCAGCGUGCAAAAAAUGAUUUACCGGAGAUUCCACAUGAUAAAAUAUUUGACCGAAUUCCCAAUAAAUUAGCAAUAACGAAACGCAAUAGUCAAUUUCUUCGAUAUGAUUCUGGUCCUGGUUAUGAUCGCUUAUUAAUAUUUUCAUCUGCUGAGCAAUUACAAUUACUAGGCAGCUGUGAAGAAUUAUUGGUCGAUGGAACAUUUAAGGUCACACCAACUAUUUUCUAUCAAUUGUAUGUUAUGUAUGUGGUCUAUCGACAUGCUGUUAUACCAAUUAUAUUUGCAUUUUUGCCAAAUAAGACUCAGCAAACAUAUCAACGACUUAUAAAUGAAUUAUUGGGACUUUGUCCAGCAUGGAAGCCCAAAUUCAUAAUGAUGGAUUUCGACAAAGCUGCAGCCAACGCAUUCAGAGAUAGUUUUUCAACUGGUGCAAAUCAUUCUACAACAUCUGGUUGCUUUUUUCAUUUACAACAAAGUAUUCAACGUAAGGUUCAAGAAUUGGGUUUUAAAACAAAUUAUGAACAAGACGUCGCAUUUGCACAUAAUAUCAAUAAAAUAGGUGCUCUGGCGUUCAUUCAACCAACUGAUGUUAGCCAAGGCUUUUAUGAUUUGUUUGCUUCAUUACCAACAAUACUUCACCCACUACUCGACUACUUCGAAGAUACUUAUAUUGGCAGACGCCGGGCGCAAGGGCGGUCUAAUCCUAUGUUUUCGAUUGAAUUCUGGAACAUGUAUCAACGAACAACCGAUAUUUCAAUGCGUACGAAUAAUUCAGCCGAAGCUUGGAAUCGUCGUUUUAAUUUACUCACUCAAUGUCAACACCCUACUCUUUGGUUUUUCAUUGAAAGUCUUAAGACUGAGGAACACUUUAUUCAUUGCCGAGUGGUUAAACUUAAUUCUGGUCAAAAAAUGGGACCAAAUAAAAAAUAUUUUGAUUAUAGUAAACGUCUGUGGCAUUUAAUUUCGAAUCCACAUUCAACAUUAUUACUACAAUUAGAAGGGCUUGCUCAUAAUUUAUGA